AUGCACCUUCCCAUCCCGCCCAUCGGCGCCGGGCUCCUCUUCCUGCUCGCGUUUCUCUCCAGUGCCAACGAUAUGGUCAAUAUUGUCGGUACGGCGGUCGCGUCUCAAGCCAUGGCGCCACGCCGCGCGCUUGUACUCGGUGGUCUUUGCAGCGUCGUCGGGUACCUUCUCUCGGCCGCGGCAGCCGCACCACCGCUGCCCGAUCGCAUUGGCGCGAGCCUCUUUCCGCCAUCGUCGCCGUGGCGGCAUGGAUUUUGCGAUACCAAAGACGCGGUGUUUGCACAUGGUCUUCUCAUUGCACUCAGUGCCGCGGUCGUCGUGCUAGCGCUCGCGACGGUCGCCAAGCUCCCUGUCUCGUCCACUUAUGCAGUCGUGGGUGGCCUUCUCGGCAUGACGCUGACGUAUACUGGCGUCGAUGCACUCGAUAUGCCGAGUCUUGUGCGCCUGGCGCUCUCGUGGGUCGCGGCACCGUUGCUGUCGGCGCUUCUGAGCGCGGUCGUGUACCGUCUCACGGCCCGCUGGAUUCUCAACACCAAGCAUCCGCAGUCGCAAGCACUGGCGGUGCUGCCCGCGUUCUACAGCCUGUCGUUGGCAGGCUUUGUCAGCGUCGUCGUCGGUCGGGCGCGGCCACUCUUGGGUCGGUAUCGCGACUAUUUCCACGGGAUCUCGCUCCUUCUCGGGCUCGUCACAUAUGGCCUCGCGCGCUAUAGCCUCGUGCCGUACGUGGCGCGGCACUUGCCGUCGUUUAUGCACGGCAACCCGUGCCACCCGACGCUGUCAACAUCCGCGCUCUCGCCCUUCGCGAGUGUGUACGACCUCGCCGCUCUGCAGCGGGACUCGAUGCCGUCGUGCCUCAUGGACUCGACGUUUACCCGUGACGACGACGACAACGAGAUUCCGAGCCUCGGCGACAAUCCGUCCGUGUUGCAGCGGUCGUCGCUCGAGUGGAACGGUGACUUUUGGUGCCUCACACCGCCCCAGCGCGACGCCUACUACGUCUUCAACUAUGCUCUGCUGCUACUGAGUGCCUUAACUGCAGCCUUGUACGGCAUGCACGCUGGGACGACGGCGACGACGCUGCUGCAGCUACUCGAUACGAUCCAGCGCCAUCGUGACGCGCCGUUUCGAGAGAGUGACGCGCCGUUGUGGACGACGGCGGUGGCCGCGGUCGGUUGCUUCCUCGGGGCAGUGCUCCUCGGCCGACGGGUGCUCACGCCGGUGCUCCAUGGCGCGUGCUUUGUGAGUCCGCACCGCGGCUUUUGCAUGCAAGUGGGCCCUGUGGUCGUUCUGAGUCUCGCAGUGCUCCUUCAAGUGCCCACAUCGUCGACCCACUGCACUCUGAGCGCGAUUGCCGCCGUGAGCCGCGCGCACUAUGGCACGUGGAAGCUCGAGCGCGCACGGUUUAUCUGCUUUGGCGUCUCGUGGGUUUUGAUGCUUCCGACGACGAUCGCAUGUGCGGCUGGCAUCGCCUACGCACUGCGAUGA